AUGAGAAGAGAGGGGCCCGUCAGCGCGCGGAAAGGUCAAGGAAGACGGAAUGUGGACGUCAAGUGCACCCGUCUGGGACCCUGCAAGACUGCCAUUGCCCUGCGACUCAGCCCACUAGCUGGAUACCAAACACCAGGCUUCUGUGCUGUUCUGAGACCUAGACUACCUGCCUAUGCUCACCUGUCACGUGUUCCUCCCCCAGCCACUGGGCAGCUGGUGAGCAAUGUCCAGUGGCUUUCUCCUGCCCUUUCCCAAGCCCUCCCUGGACCCGGCUUAGGAGGCACCAAGAGCCACCCCCGGCUGACUCUGACACAGGGUGCCAUUUUGAUAUUUAUGGGGAUUGUUGUCCUCACUAUGAAGGCAUCUGUUAUUGAAAUGUUCCUUGUUUUGCUGGUGACUGGAAUACACUCAAAUCAAGAAAUGAUGAAGAAAAUGAAAAGGCCCAAAUUCACUGUUCCUCAGAUCAGCUGUGAUGUGAGAGCUGGGAAGAUAACGAAUGUCGAGUUCAUUGUGAAGUGUCCGCCAGGAUGCCAAGACCCUAGGUACCACGUUUACGGCACUGACGUCUACGCUUCCUAUUCUAGCGUGUGUGGCGCUGCAGUUCACAGUGGUGUGCUUGAUAAUUCAGGAGGGAAAAUACUGGUUCAGAAAGUGGCUGGACAGUCUGGCUAUAAAGGGAGCUACUCCAACGGCGUCCGGUCGUUAUCCCUUCCACGAUGGAGAGAAUCCUUCGUGGUCUCAGAAGGUAAACCCCAAAAAGGUAUAACCUACCCAUCGUCUCUUACAUAUUCAUCAUCUAAAAGCCCAGCUGCCAAAGCAGGCAAGUGUCCACGUGAGACCGCAAGAGCAGAUCAGAGCCCAUCAGUUCCAGGGACAGCAGCACAGCCAGUCACUGUGACGCAGGUCCCGGGGACCACCGCCAUCGAGACCACCCACACCAUCUUGCCAAAGCCCUCCCCAUCUGCAGGCUCUACCACCAGCAGCCUCCAACCACAGCCCGUGGGCCAGAGAAGCAAGGACCUGGGGGAACCUGCCUUGUGGAAACCUGAAUCGGUCCUUCUCGAUGCAGGAUUUGUUCCAAAAGAAGAAUUAAGCACACAGUCUUUGGAGCCAGCAUCCCAGGGAGAUCCAAGCUGCAAAGUUGACUUGUCGUUUUUAAUCGAUGGGAGCUCGAGCAUCGGCAAACGCCGAUUCCGAAUCCAGAAGCAGUUUCUGACCGAUGUCGCCCAGACUCUUGGCAUCGGCCCCGCCGGUCCUCUGAUGGGUAUCGUUCAGUACGGAGACAAUCCUGCUACCCAAUUUAAUCUCAAGACUCACAUGAAUUCCCAGGACGUGAAGGCAGCCAUAGAGAAGAUUUCUCAGAGAGGAGGGUUGUCUAAUGCAGGCCGGGCCAUCUCCUUUGUGACCAAGAACUUCUUUUCCAAAGUUAAUGGAAACAGAGGCGGUGCUCCCAACGUGGCCGUGGUGAUGGUGGAUGGCUGGCCCACAGACAAGGUGGAGGAGGCCUCGAGGUUGGCGAGAGAGUCAGGAAUCAACAUUUUCUUCAUCACCAUUGAAGGUGCCUCUGAAAAUGAGAAGCAGUACAUGCUGGAGCCCAACUUUGCAAACAAGGCUGUGUGCAGAACCAACGGCUUCUACUCACUCACCGUGCAGAACUGGUUCAGCCUCCACAAGACCGUGCAGCCCCUGGUGAAGCGGGUCUGUGACACCGACCGACUGGCCUGCAGCAAGACCUGCUUAAACUCGGCCGACAUCGGCUUCGUCAUUGAUGGCUCCAGCAGCGUGGGGACCAGCAACUUCCGCACAGUCCUCCAGUUUGUGGCCAACCUCAGCAGGGAGUUUGAGAUUUCAGACACGGACACGCGGAUCGGGGCCGUGCAGUACACCUACGAGCAGCGGCUGGAGUUUGGGUUCGAUGAGUACAGCACCAAAUCUGAUGUCCUCAACGCCAUCAAGAGGGUGGGGUACUGGAGUGGCGGGACCAGCACAGGGGCUGCCAUCAACUAUGCCCUGGAACUGCUCUUCAAGAAGUCCAAGCCCAACAAGAGGAAGCUAAUGAUACUCAUCACCGACGGGAGGUCCUAUGAUGACAUCCGGAUACCAGCCAUGCUCGCCCAUCACAAGGGCGUGAUCACCUAUGCCAUAGGAGUGGCCUGGGCUGCCCAGGACGAGCUGGACGUCAUCGCCACUCACCCUGCCAGGGACCACGCCUUCUUCGUAGACGAGUUUGACAACCUCUACAAAAUCGUCCCCAAGGUCAUUCAGAACAUCUGCACAGAGUUCAACUCACAGCCUCGGAACUGA